UUCCCAAGAAACAAUCAACUCAAACAAAUUAGACCUCUUAAACAAGUUGCCAUUGAAGUCCACUAGUGGUUCUUCAUUUUUACUGCUUUCCUUUUAAGGUUUCUCAUGUUUUAUAGACUUCCAAUUAACACAGUAGUGAUGAUCAAUCAAAGGAGUCAUCAAGGAAUUUUCAAUUUCAAAACAGGUUGCAGUGAUUUGAAUCUUGAUUCACUGAAUAUUGUCUCUAGUGUUCAUCCUUCAUCUGUACCCAUUUCAAAGGACUAGCUCUCAAAGAAUUAAACAGCCAAUAAGCAUGCUCCUACAAUCUUAUCGUUUAUUCCAUAAUAUAUUCCGUGCCACCAAAUUCAUUAUUACAUGGCAUUGCCACUACCAAAAUUUUCCAAAUAAACACAAAUAUUUAAAUGUCAGAUUAUGAUUAAGGCCUUUCUCAUUAUGUUCACCCACCCACUCUUUCUUAGUUACCAUAUCAGUAUGUUUCAUUGUUCUACAUGUAAAUAAAUGACCAAAUUAGUUCACUUCAUUGUCAGUCACAUAAUUUAAUGCUGGCAAUAAAUCACAUACCCAGAAAUGAUUAGUUCACUUCAUUGUCAGUCACAUAAUUAAAUGCCAAUUUUGGAAAGGCAAAAAAAUGCUACAUCAUUAAAAAAAGCAUGUUUUCAUUUGCAGGUUAUUGAUUUUAUUGCCACUUAACACUUCUGAAGCAACAAAAAUUGGUAAAUGAAAAUUGAAGUUGAGGGGCCAAAUUGAUACUUUUUGAAGUUUAAGGAUGGAUUUGGAUUUGGUACAAAUCUAAAAGUUGAGGGACCAAAUUGGUAUUUUAACCAAAGCAGAAACCACAAUAGAAUUGGGUAACCCAGACGUAUAAUUUUUAUGUAAUUUGACUACAAGAAAAAGAUAUUUUUGGGUAUAAAUUUUAAUUGCAAUC